UCAUUUCAAGGAAAACCGGAUACAUGAGAAUUUACCUAGAGUUUUCCUAUAAAUAUUCAGCAGCUGUUAUCAUUAACUAGCAGCUGCGUUAUCAACUUACAACCGUUAUCAACUUUCAAUCGAAACGAAAUUUUCGACAUAAAACCUUACAUAAAGUUUAGUUUUAUUCGAAUUCAAUGGUUAUUCAACCCGUUGAUAAUCUAAAUUUAGAAAGUAGGUAUGUUCGUCCAGCAGUGAAAGUUGUAAAAUUUACAGCAGCGGUCAAAUCCAAUAAUAUCAUCGAAUCUGCUCCCUCAAAAACAUUACAUAUUUCAAUUGGUGUAGACAGACAUUAAAAUAAUAAUAAUAAUGGAAGGAGACGCAGAUAUUGUCAUACUUAGAGAAUGGCUGAUGAAACAAACGCAUCUGCCACAAAAAAUCGAGGAUAAACUCCUCAAGAGGUAUCUUCAAGCUUCAAACAACAGCAUCGAACUUGCCAAAAACUUGAUCGAUUUAUCUUUCACUCUAAGAAGUCAAGCGCCUGAAAUAUUUGCAGAGAGAGAUCCGACCCAAUCAAGCUUACAAUCAACUUUUGAGAUAAUAGAUUACCUCCUUCUGCCCCAACGAUUGAACAAUAUAAAUAUUUUCCUUUAUCGAAUUACUUCAAACGACGUGGAUAAAUACGAUUUCAUAAAUGGAUGCAAGGCAUUUUUCAUUUUCUCAGACACAAGAAUGAUUGAAGAAGAGGAUAUAUCAGAUGGUGAAAUUCCGCUGUUUGAUAUGAAGAAUUUCUCUGUAAAACAUUUGACUAAGAUCGUACUCCCCGUUUUGAGAAAAUAUAUGGUGUAUACACAGGAAGCCCAUCCCAUGAAUCUGAAGCAAAUCCAUCUACUGAAUGUCCCCCCGUUCUUGGACCGCAUGAUGAUGCUCCUCAAACCCCUAAUGAACAGUGAAGUUUCCAAAAUGCUUCACUUUCACUCUCCCAAUUCAGAAACGCUGUUCGAUUACAUUCCACGGGACUUCCUUCCCGAGGAGUACGGAGGUACGAAAGGCAAAUGUGCGGACAUUAAAAAAUAUUGGUCAGAAAAGAUUAUCAAAAGGAGGGAUUACCUCAUAGAUGAUGCUCGGUGGAUAGUCGACGAAAGCAAAAGGCCUGCCGAGAAUAAGGGAAAGCAGAUGUAUAGCGUACAGGGAUCAUUCAAAACACUCAGUAUAGACUGAUGAAGUUGUUGCUGAAUGUAAUCGUAGAUCAGUAAGACUUGAAGGGUUGGUAUUUUAUUUGAAUUUUCUGGGAACAUUUUAGUUUGUAAUUCUCAAGAGGAAGAUGAGGCGAACUCGAGAAGAAAAUAGAUGAUAUUCAAUGUCAAUAAAAAGAGAAGAUACAUUGUAAAUCAAGCACAGGGUUCUUGUGAGAUACAUUGAAAAGAAAUAUAUUACUAAUGUGAUGAAAUUAUGAGUAUAUCAGUAUUCAGGCAGAAAAUGUUUGCCACUGAAACAUUCAGAAAAUUGUAUUAUUAUA